AUGUUGGUGUUGAUGGUGACGGUGGUGGGCAUCACCAUCCAGGGGGAGGGCAUCCCGAAGCCUGUCAUGACCUUCGAGGAGGCGUCGAUGCCCGAGUACGUCCUGCGAGAGGUUUUGAAGCAGGGAUUCCCCAAGCCCACGCCCAUCCAGAGCCAGGGCUGGCCCAUGGCGCUUCUGGGGAGGGACAUGGUGGGAAUUUCCGCCACUGGUUCGGGAAAAACGCUGGCAUUUUUGCUGCCCGCCAUGAUCCACAUCAACGCGCAGCCGUACCUGGAGCAAGGUGAUGGCCCGAUCGUUCUGGUCAUUGCUCCUACCCGAGAGCUGGCGGUUCAGAUAAAGGAGGAGUGCGACAAGUUCGGCGGGUCGAGCGACAUCAAGAACACGUGCGUCUACGGCGGCGUGCCGAAACGGUCACAGGUCUACGACCUCAGCCGUGGCGUGGAGAUCGUGAUCGCCACCCCCGGACGGCUGAUCGACCUACUCGAGUCGGGCAAGACAAACCUUCGUCGGGUCACGUACCUCGUCCUGGAUGAGGCCGACCGAAUGCUGGACAUGGGCUUCGAGCCCCAGAUCCGCUCCAUCGUGAGCCAGAUCCGCCCCGACCGUCAGACUCUCAUGUGGAGCGCCACCUGGCCCAAGGAGGUGGAGGGGCUCGCCAGGGACUUCCUGCGGAACUACUACCAAGUGACGGUCGGAUCUCUGGAGCUGUCUGCCAACAAGGAUAUCCAGCAGGUUAUCGAGAUCGUGGAGGACUUUGGCAAGUACAGGGUCCUCGUCAAACAUCUCCAGGAGCAUAACAACGCGGGGAGAGUGCUCAUCUUCGUCGAGACCAAGAAGGGCUGCGACGCUCUCACCCGCUCCCUCCGCCACGAGGGCUGGCCCGCUCUUUCCAUCCACGGCGACAAAAACCAGAGCGAGCGCGACCGUGUCCUGCACGACUUCAAGGAAGGGAGGUCGCUAAUCCUGGUGGCUACCGACGUGGCGGCCCGUGGGUUGGACGUCAAGGACAUCCGGAUGGUCAUCAACUUCGACUUCCCCAAGGAGAUGGAGUCGUACGUCCACCGCAUCGGCAGGUGCGGGCGUGCAGGGCACAAGGGCACGGCUAUUAGCUUCUUCGCCGCGAAAAACUCCAAGUGCGCGAGGGAACUCAUCAGGAUCCUCAAGCAGGCAAACCAGAAGGUGCCGUCCGAGCUGAGCGGCAUGGCGAUGGGAGGCGGCGGUGGUGGUGGGUACGGGCGCUACGGGCGUUGAUUGGGGCUUGCCGGAAUGAAGCCGACGGCUGGUGGAGCGUGCUUGGCGGCCAUCGAGCAAAGAAUGGAAGACAAACAAAUCCAGACGACGAGGACUACGGGGUGGGGGGUGAUGUUUUUUUUUGUUUUGGCACAACGGGUCUCACCCUUGCCCCUCGAAGCGGUACUCUAUUCAGCUUGAAAUACCGAUUGAAGAUGGAGACGAGAAGGGUGCAAAUUUGGUACCUGUGAUAUAGUCUAGGGGUAGAUUGAAUGUAGUGACGGAUGGACGGGGUACGGUAGGGUGGGGGCAAGGCUCAUAAGCAGUGUGCACCCCCAGCAUGAAGAAUUAUACAAUAGGCCCCCUCUUGUUGGUCGUCGGCCGUGUGUGUCGCUCCUACCUAUCGCACGGUCCGGCCCUCCCAACGAAAUGGGAUUUAUCCUAUCCGGGGUCAUGCUGACGGUUCCUCUUGGCUAGACUAUCCCCAAGGUGGAAAACUAAAGACAUGUUGGGAGGCGCAGAGAGAGAGCGAGUAGGUUGUGGCCUAUCUUGCCUUCCCUUUUUCACGGCGUUGCUGAUAGAAUUGAUUGAGCGAGAGGGGCAACACGUCAAAUAUGACGAGAAGAGAAGUUGAUGUGUCCUUGAAGUGACUCUCGAGUAUAUUGUAUACUUCGCAGAAUAUGUGCAGAUUAACGUAUGGUAUGUCGUGUCCAACGCGGCGUUGAGAGUACCUUCCCCUGCUCUUUCGGUUGCUCGUAUACUGUACUACGUCACGUCACCUUUCGCCGAUGUUGUUGCGCAGGUGUGUGGUUUUGCACGCACCGUGUUCGGAUAUUACCUUUCUUUUGGGUGCCCACUUCUACGGUAGUUGGAAAACAAGCACCUUUUUUUCGGGCACUGUCGAGUAGGUGCGUGAGGGUGGUGUGAAGAUGUUCAUUCUAUGCCGUCGUUUGCGUAACGAAUACCACCAUUGGCGUGAAGGAUGUAACGU